ACCACGCUAGGUUGGUUCCCUCUCUCACCCAGCAUCAUCUCUAACGUUUGCACACGUACGAGAUCAACCAGAAGCUAGCUAGCUCCGAGCAAUGGGGCACCAGCACCAGAUGUUCAACGACCCGUUCGCAAGCAGCAUGUCGUCACUGGAGGCGGACAUCUUCUCUGGCGCCGGCGGCUACCACCACUUCGCGCCAUCCCCUCAGUGGCCGGGCCUCGACAACAACAUACCGGCGGCGCCGGCUGCCAACAACGCCACCUCCUCCGGCGGCUCUGGAUCACAGCGCAAGAUGAGCCACAACGCGUACGAGCGCGACCGCCGCAAGCAGCUCAACGAGCAAUAUUCCUCCCUCCGCUCCCUCCUCCCCGAUGACGAUCACAAUAAGAAGAUGAGCAUUCCGACCACGGUGUCGCGGGUGAUCAAGUACAUCCCGGAGCUACAGAAGGAGGUCGACGGUCUGGAGAAGAAGAAGGAGGAGCUCAGGCGAGCCAGCUGCGAGCAAGGCCUGCUGACCAUGAGGCAGAACACGGCUCCUGUCGUCUCCGCCACCUGCCUCGACGACAGGGAAAUCAUGGUCCAGGUCAGUCUGGUGAGCACCAUGGCCGCAGCUCUGCCCAUGUCCAAGUGCAUCAAGGUGCUGGAGAACGAAGGCCUUCGCCUCAUAAAUUCCUCGACUUCCGCGUUCCAGAACAGGACCUUCUAUAGCCUCCAUCUUCAGAGAACCCAACGAACAAUGAGCAAGGAGGGCCAAACAUUUUGUAACGAACUGGAGAACGCCGUGAAGCAAAAGGCAGGACUGCAUCUGCAUCAUUAGUGGAUUAUAACAUAAUAAUGGUGCAUGUCAUCAUACAUAACUACCAUGAAUCAAAAUGCAUGCAAUCUAAGAUAAAUAGUACUGACGCAUGCAUGAUAGUAUAAUACAGUGUGUUCCAUAUAACUAAUAUAGUGUAUACAUUUCUGGUCCUAUAUUUUCCUCUUCAUCAUGUACCCUGGUAUGCGAUGACAAUAACUAGUCUGCAUGAAACAGUGGAGAAAGUAAAUAUAGAGAGGGCCGCGAAGCACUGGCAUGCGUAAAAGACAGGCCAUUGUCGAUGUAAUUCUUACGUAUAAAUGAAUAUAUAAUGAUGUUUCAAUGUC